AUGGCUCCAAUACGAACGAAAGACAAACACAAGAAUGCUGAAGCAUCGUCAUCAAAGUCGAACAAAUCUCACAAGAAAAAACCGAAUCACCAGCCGAAGGCGUCAGCCCUGCCAGGCAAACAGAAGAUAAAGUCUUCGCUGAGGCAGGUCCGAAGGUUAUUAGCCAAGGAAAAUUUGGCUGCAGACAAGCGUGUGGAGGCAGAGAGAAGACUGAAAGCCCUUGAGGCAGAGUUGCAACAGGUCGAACAGGCGCACAAGGAGAGGGCACUGGCCAUCCGGUAUCAUAAAGUGAAAUUCUUUGAACGGCAAAAGGUGACGCGGAAACUGAACCAAGUCAAGAGACGCCUAGACUCUGCGGAUGGGUCGGAAAAAGAGCAAUUGGAGGCUCAACUACUAGAGGAACGCGUGAAUUUGAACUAUAUCUUGCAUUACCCCAAAACCAAGAAAUACAUAUCUCUUUUCCCGCCCGAAGUCAGGAAAGGCGAGGUCACCGAGGCGUCCAAGACCGAUGCCGAGAAGACGAACAGAGAACGAGAAGAAAUUCGUCAAUGGAUACGAGACUCUAUGGAGAAGAAGGAACUGCCAUCAGAACCCGAAACGCAGCUUGGCUCUGGUCCAGGAAGACCCCAAGCAUCCACACAGUUCCCUUCAAAGAAAAGCUCAAACCCGGUCACGAAAUCUGGUGUACAGUCCAGCAAACCUGGAGACGACAUUGAGGACGACGAAUUUUUCGGGAAUGAUAGUGAAGACGAUGGAAAUGAAGUUGAAGACGAGGAAGACGAAGAUGAGGAGGAUUGA